AUGGCGUCGGCGGGGGACAUGCUCGCGCGCGUGGACUCUUUACUGAAGCGGUACGAGGCGUACCUGCCGAAGCAAGAAACGCACGCGCAGGUGGAGGCGAAGAUCGCGAAGAUGAAAGGAACGGAGGCGUUUGCGGCCAUGUUGGGGGGCGCGGAGACGAUUUUGGACGAAUUGCUGGAAAAGGCGGCGGCGGUGAAGUCGGAGCGUAAUCGCGCGGCGGUGGCGACGCUGAAUGCGGAGGUGCGGCGUGGAAAGAAUUAUUUGCGAGGUGAGAUUCCAAAACUUCGGAAAGCUGCGCGGACGAAGGCGGCGGGGACGACGGAGCAGGACGCGGUUGCGAUGUUGGAAAUCGUGGACGAUUUUGAGACGCAAGCGAAAGCCCGCGGGUGGGUACGCGGACCCGCGGCCACGAUCAACAUCUCGGGCGAUCCGGGAUCGAGCACGAACCCUUUCGUGAACAUGGAGCAGAGCGAAUCGAGCGAGGCUUUCAGGCAAGAAUUCGAGGCGCGCAAGGCGAAGCAGGAUCAAGGUUUGGACGUCAUAUCCCGCGGAUUGGGUGUCUUGAAGGACAUCGGAGGAGAGAUGACGGAGGAGAUGCGUAGGCAACAGCCGAUCACGGACGCGAUCGAGGACAAGCUCGAUAGCGUGAACGCGGAGAUUCGCACGGCGAACGCGAGGCUCAAGGACACGGUGACAAAGAUGCGAUCGUCGAGAAAGUUCUGCGUGGAUUGCAUGCUCAUCUGCGUCAUCCUAGGCGUUGCGCUGAGCGUUUACAAGCUCGUCGCGUGA